AUGAAUCCAGAUAUGCCUGUACAUGUAUAAAGUAAUAGAAAUAUCGAAUAUUAUUUCUUAGAUCUCAAAUUGGAAGACUUUGACAUAAUAAAACCAUUAGGGAAAGGUGCAUACAGUGAGGUUGUAUUGGCUAAAAACAAACUCACUGGACAUGAAUCAGCAUUGAAGGUUGUAGAUAAGAGUUUUUUGAUAAAAGUAUAAGUUGAAUAAAAGUAUAAUAGGAGAAAAAGAUGCAUCAUGCAUGUAUUGAGAGAGAAGUUUUAAGUAAUUUAAGGCAUAAAGGAAUCAUAAAAUUAUUUAAUUCAUUUGAGUAAAAUGAUAAACUAUAUUAUUCUCUUGAAGUCUUAACUGAUGGUAAUUUGUUAGAAUGUAUGAAUAGUAAAUAAUAUUAUAUAUAUAUAGGACAUAUUUUUAAUGAUUCAAUAAUCAAAUUCUAUACAGCAGAAUUAUUAUUAAUUCUUGAAUAUUUACAUUAAAAUGGAUUAGUACAUAGAGAUGUAAAACCAGAAAAUAUUUUGUUAACUAAGGAUAAACAUUUAAAACUUAUUGAUUUUGGAACAGUCUUUGUUUAUGAUUAGAAUAAAAUUAACAUUGGUAAUAAAUUAGAAGAUAUUCGAAUUCAAUUUUAAAAAUAAAGAUCUCCUUCUUUAAAUGAUUUUGAGAAACCUUAAAUAAAAUAUUGUAGAGAUUCUAGUUUUGUAGGUACCUCUGAGUAUUUAUGUCCUGAAUUAGUUGAUUAUAAUGUAAUUGGCCCAUAAUCAGAUUUAUGGGCUUUAGGAUGUUUCAUUUAUUAAUUAUAUACAAACAAAACUCCAUUUUAUUCUGAGAAUGAAUUUGAGUUAUUUAACAAUAUUAGUUAAUGUAUAUGGACUUAAGAUUAAAGAAUACCAAAUGAUGCUUUAGAUCUUAUUAAAAUAUUACUUGAUAAGGAUCCAAUAAAAAGAUUCUUUGGAGAUCUUGAAGGUAAUUUAAUUAUUACAUCUUCUAUGUAGAUUCAUAAUACAAUUAUGAUAAUCUAAAGUAACAUCACUUUUUUAGAGGAAUUAACUUUAAAUAAAUGUGGUUAUAAGAUGUACCUUUGAUUGCAACUAAUAUAUAAAAAAGAAAGACAAGUCGAAUUCAAAGUGCAUUAAUUUAAAACAAUGUAUCUUAACGUGAGAAAUAUGAGAAUCGAGGAAUUUCUGUAACAAAACAUAAAGCAGAUUAAAUUAUCUUAGAAGGAUAAAUAGAUAAAGAACAUGGUGUUUUAUUUAUGACAUAAUUCUCUCUUAGAUAUGCAAGCAUAGUGUCUUAAGAUGGAGUUUCAAGUUUUAUCUAUAUUAAUCCUCAAUUAAAUAAUAAAAAAGUAAUGUAUAUAUAUGAUAAUUUAUUAGACUAUUAUACCUUUAAAUUAAUUUACAUCAUGUAAAUUAUUAGGAAAAGGUAAAUUCAUUGUUGGAGAUAGAAAUAAAAAAAAAUAUAUUUUUAAAUAAAGAGAAAACAACAUUCCAGCUUAACAAUGGGUGAAUGUAAUUAACAAAUUUAUUAAGUCUAACCAUUAUUGA